AUGAAGGAGGUUCCCACCUACAAGCUCAUCUCCCAGUCGGUCCUCAUUGACCGCAUGAAGGUCAACGGUUCGCUUGCCCGCCGCGCCAUCAUCCACCUCGAGAAGGAGGGCCUCAUCAAGAAGGUCGUCAAGCACCACGCUCAGUGGAUUUACACCCGCGCUUCCGCCAAGGAGUAG